CACAGUCUUAGGCUUCCGGCGGCCCUUCUCUCUUCGCCUUUCGUUUGUCGCGUCUCCCUAAACGCCGCGGCGGCAACUAAUCGGGCCUCGUUUCAGCCGUUCUGUCUCAUCAUUCAUCAGCCAUCGCCUCUCCCGUCUGCCGAUUUCUGCUCCUGCGCUGCCGGCCCUGGCUAGCAAGUAGAUGGGGAACAAAGAGCGCGCUAAAGAAAGACGUGAGAAGAGACGCCAAGAGAUUUCUCUUCUCCGUACUAUCCCGUACUCUGAUCACCAAAGGUGGUGGAACUCCGAAACUGUUGCUGUGGUUACUGGUUCCAACAGAGGUAUAGGGUUUGAGAUUGUGAAACAGAUUGCAGGCCAUGGAGUUACUGUCAUACUGGCGUCGAGAAACCCUAGUGCUGGGAUCGAAGCAGCUAAGAGCUUGCAGGAACUAGGCCUGAGUGUGGUGUUUCGCCAACUUGAUGUCCUGGAUACUUCAUCCAUCCAACAUUUUGCUGAGUGGAUAAAACAGAACUAUGGUGGUAUAGACAUUCUGGUCAAUAAUGCUGGUGUUAACUUCAAUCUUGGCUCUGAGAAUUCUGCUGAAUUUGCUCACCUGGUCGUAAAUACCAAUUACUAUGGCACCAAAAAUGUGAUAGAAGUCAUGAUCCCUUUGAUGAGACCUUCUCCACUUGGUGCUCGAAUUGUUAAUGUGAGCUCCAGGCUAGGCAGAGUGAAUGGGAGGCGAAAUAGGCUUGGAGAUGUAGCCCUGAGAGAGCAGCUUAGUGACAUUGGAACACUUUCGGAGGAGAUCAUUGACAGGACACUAUCUACUUUCCUACGACAAGUUGAAGAUGGGAGUUGGGCAUCGAGCGGGUGGCCUCAGGUGUUCACAGAUUAUGCAUUGUCGAAACUUGGAGUUAAUUGUUACACCAGGUUGAUGGCUAAGGUGCUUUCUGAUCGUCCCGAAGGUGAGAAGAUAUACGUCAACUGUUUCUGUCCUGGCUGGGUGAAAACGGCCAUGACUGGUUGGGCUGGGAAUAUAACGCCAGAAGAAGCUGCAGAUACCGGUGUGUGGCUUUCGUUGCUUUCAGACGGUAUGCCAACUGGGAAGUUCUUUGCAGAGAGACGCGAGAUAAAUUUUUGAUGCAGAUUUUACGGCAUUCCAAACUUUUCAUGUCGAAUGUCGCUGCAUUUGUCAGAAUGAGAAUGUUAGGAGUCAAUGAAAUGCACUGAACCCAAAACUUAUGCAUCCACAGAUGUUCCAAUGUUGUUUCCUUGGUUUCUCUUCAACUAAAACUUCUCCGCUACCAUGUUUGAUCGAUGGUAACUUACUAACU